CCUAUUGCCAGACAGCCUACUGUUGCGCCGAUGCGGAGAGCACCGCGCGGUGGACAGUCAAUCGCAAUGCAAAAUAUGAACGCACUGUAGGCUUCUACGGUUCUUCUUCAACAACAACAACAUAGUUUCCCGCACGGAUAGCACGCUUCCUUACUGCUAAAGGAGGAUUUUUUUCCGGUUGGGUUUGCGCGUUUGGAGUGAAAAUGCCCUUCUGCAAGCGCACGAUAGUUCCCAAGGAUGUCUGUAAAAACGACGCGAAGAGGCAAACUGCGAUUUUCGGGGACUUGGUGGACGUUUGCGGGUUCACUCUAUGUUCGGUGCUCCGACAGCUCUCGGAUUUAUCCCGGCACUCCGUCAGCAUCUUGGAAGAGCUCGAGGGCGAGCUCGUGUCUAUCUGUCACCGGUCGGGCACGCUCGAGGGCAAAGUGAUCCGUUUACAGCGACACAUCGCUGCGCUCGCCAGUAAGCCACCGCCAAAGACCAACACCAACUUGGACGCAGAGUCGAAGCGUAGUGCGGCUUCGUCGUCGACGGCGACAUCGGCCCACUUCCGGUCUCCAUGGCAACAGAGCGUGAAUGUGUUUGGCUCGUGGAGCAGGCCGGACUGUGUUCAGGAGCUCCAUCAGGAGGCUCAGCUUAACCUGCAGAGCCUGCUGCAAGACUUUGAAGAGCAGCUGUAUGACACCAAGCUAACAGGCCAGACGUUCCGCCACCCAACAGCUUCCUCCCAGAGUUCUGACGACACGUCCACCACCCUCAGUCGCUCCCCUGUCUCCCUCAACAACAAGAGACCUGAAUUCAUCUUCCUGCCGGCGUCUAAGGGGCAGGUGUGUGAGGAGGAUGAGACCUCCUCAGUAAGUAUCAGUAGGGGUACAGACCCGUCCCCCUCUCCUUCCCCAUCCCCCUGUGGGUCAGAUCGCCCUCUAGUGGGGUGGAGCAGCACCUCCCUGGGACCCCCCGUGGCCGAGAAACCUCGUUGGCACCUGGGACGACGCACCCCCGCUCACCUGCUAUCCCUCGACAUCACAGGUGAGGGUAAACUCUUGGGCGUAGACCUCCUCCAGGGAUCCUGUUCCCCCUCUCCGUCCCUGGGCUGUGGUGGAGGAGGCCAGCCCCGGUCUCUGGAGCCUGUCACAGACACCCCUGUCCAGCACAUACCCCUGAGAAAGACCCAUAGUGACCUGGACCCCAGCUUCAGCCUUCCCCAGUCCCACAGGAACCCACCUCCUACCCUGGGCACCAUGGACCACUCUGCUGCCCUCCUCUGCUCCAACUCCCCUUCUCAGUCCUGGAACGGCCCCAAGGGCUCCACCUUCUCCCCGGGAGCCUGGAACGAGGCCUAUAGUUAUAGUUUAGCUCCAAGUCCGCUGGGGAAGGGACCGGCGACCAUGCCCAAGGGAGCAAGGAUGGUGGGGAUGGUUGCGGGGCAGGGUGGGGAGUUGAUGUGCCCCUCUCAGACCAGUUUGGGACUCUCCGUGAGCUCGGGGUCGCAGUCUCACUCUAGUUCGUUCACGUCAAUAUCAGAACCUUCCGGACACAGGCACCCAGGCACCAUAGGGAUGAUGAUGGGGAGGCGGAGCGAGACAGAGGGGGCGGCAUCUAGCCCCACUGACGAACGGAGUGGUCUGGAGAGAGGGAUGGGAGGAGGCGAGAGAAGAGAGAGGUCGGCGCGUUCUGUCGCCGCCGCCAAUGCAUUUAAGUUCCGUGAGCGUUCUCUUUCCACGCCGACGGAUUCCGGCUCGUUCUGCUCCACGGACAACAUCUGCGGCGGGAUGUACGGCCUCGGUGGACUACCUGGAGCCGGUAAUGGGACAAACGGGAACGGUGGCGGCGUUUUAACAGAGAUGCGCCAUCCACACCACCAUUACCCUGGCGGCGAGGGGGGUGAGAGGGGCGAGAGCUAUGCCCUCUUCUACCCCAGCGGGAGCUCCGAGGAUGGGAGCAACAGCAUUGACAACGUCUCCGUAACCGACGGCAACUUCCCCCCGGGCGGUCGCCUACGGUUACGUUCUCGCUCCAUCUCGCUGAAGAAGUCCAAACGCAAACCCCCUCCACCCGUCCGGAGCGUCUCGCUCGUGAAGAAUUUAGGGGACGCAGAGGGGCGCGUGCAUGGCCACAACGGAGGGCACUACCGGGACGGCCGCCCCAAAUCCCUACACAUCCCCCGGGACCACCUCCAGGACUUCCAGCCAGACUUCCUCCUACCUUCCUCCUCCCUCUCCAAGGCCGAUCUGGAGGAGCCUGAGCUGGGCCACGGCGGCGUGGAAGGACCCCCUAGCCUCGAGGUCCACGGACCAGACACAACAGAGCUGUCUUUCCCAGCCCACUGGCAGCUGGAGGAGUGGAAAGCUUCUGACCCCUACAGGUCGUUGUCUGGGUCUAGUACAGCCACAGGGACGACUGUUAUAGAGUGCAUGAAGGUUCGGGGCAGCUCCGAGUCUCUCCUGGACUCUCCCUCCACCUCCAGAGCCACCUCCCCCUCCCUGCUCUCCAUUGAGGCAGAGUCGACCAAAGCUUCCUCCCCCUUCAAGCCACCAGGACUCAUGUCUCCCUCCAGCGGCUACUCUAGCCAGUCAGAAACUCCGACGCCCAUCACCCCCUCCAACCAGGUGGCAGGAACACCAACAGGGCCCGCCUGCACGUUGGGGUGUAAGAUGCGCCCCAAAAUCCCAGAGAGGAAGUCUUCGUUGCCAGCUACAUCACCACGGGACCCUGCCGCCCGAUCGAGGCUGUCCUUCGAGAUGCCGGUUAACGCUCAUCUGGAUUUGUCCUCCAUCAAACCAAAACAGAAGGCCAGCCGGCGCCAUUCUGACACGUCCACCACCACUAAGCCCGGUAAACUGAGUGCCGGCAGCCAAUCAACUCUCCCAGUGGUGACCACGAACGAGCUCCGGAACAUCCGCCUGCGUUCUGUCUCCCGUACUGACCUGGAGGACUGCCUUGAUGGAGCCUCUAAUGACAUCAUUGAGGAGGAGCAGGGUCGCGACCUUUCCCCCCCUCCUGUCACCCCCGGUUGCAUCCCCGGCCCCCUCGUUGCCCCCAGACCCAAACCCCCUGUGGCCUUCAAGCCCCCAUUACCCAAACGCCCCCUCAACAUCCUCCUCAAGUCCCCUUCCUCCUCCCCCGUUGCUUCCGACUCCCCCCCUGCCUCCCCUGUUGACCCUCCCCGGCCCAUGCCUAACCCCAGCAUCUACAUGGUGGUAGGUAGGAAGCCCAAGCUGAAGAAAGCCUUCCCUCACACCCCCACCAGCCCCUUUAGACCCCAGGAACAUCCCCAAACCUUCCCCCUCCACUACCCCCAGGGCCUCUAUGAUGCUUCCUCCUUCCCCCACACCCGGUCCCUGUACGAUCUGCCUCCUCUCCCCCUGCCCCAGCCCCUCCUGGAGGACCCCUCUAUGGAGCCGGAGUUCAACCCUGACUUGGAGCUCCAUCUUGGGCCUGAGGAUGGAGGGUCACUCCCCUCUCCCUGCAGUAACCAGGAAGUGCUGGAGACUCAGGAUAAGAGCAAGUCUCUACCUAGCAGGAUGACCAUAUCCUGUCUGGCUGAAUUGGACAAGAAGAAACCCAAGGUUCCUCCGCCGGUUCCAAAGAAGCCCAACGUCCUGCUUCUUCCCUCCAACGGUACCACCGACAGACCGGGAACACAGACAGACUGCCCUGCCGCUCUCCGCUCUCCCGUUGGAGCGUUCCCACCAGAAGAGAUUCCCGGGAAAGAGGAAAACCAGGAAAAUUACCUAGGGACGGAUGAGGAAAGCUCCAUGGAGUCUUCAUUACAGGACUCUUCUUUUACAGACGUGGAGGGGAGGCUCAGCAUUACAGAGACAGGCAGAAGUGAUGAUGCGGAGAGUGUUGAGGAGAGCAGUUCGGUCGUUAGUGACAAGACGGAACUCCACAUCACAGAGGAAAUGGAUGAUGAUGUCAGAGGACACACACCUACCACACACACCACAGAGGACCUGUUCACCAAAAUACACAGGUCAAAAAGGAAAGUCCUGGGCCGUAAGGAACCAGGGGACUCGUUCGGCAGCCGCCAGAGUCUGGUCUCCCCAGUGAAGCACAGCACCAGUGGUGGUGACCUCCGAACCCUGACCCUGGGCUCGACCCCGCGCUCCACCUCGCGGAAUGACAACUUCAUGGCCCUGCUCCAAAAGAAGGGCAGCAAGUCCAGCACGGGAGGGGCCAGAGUCUCUGCUAUGGAACUCCUCAAGAGCACAAACCCCCUCGCACGACGUGUCACAGAAUUCUCCACCUCGGCGGACGGAGGAGGGGAUAUGACCACCGGGAAUAAUGGAACCAGAAUGCCUCAGGACCAAUGAGAGUUUUUAAACCACUCGUCAUCCUCUCUCUCUCUCUCUCUCUCUCUCUCUCUCUCUCUCUCUCUCGUUCUCUCUUAUCUCCCGAGAAAGUAGUUUGAAUCUAGUUAUAGACAUUUCGAUCAGACUAUUGAUGGAAGAAAGGGAUGUCCAACCAGACCACUCAACCACUGAUUGACCUUUUAUUAACUGGCCAAUGGUUGGUCACAAUGGUCAUCAAAGGAGUUCUGUUUAUCACGCCGUCCGUUCCAUCAUUAAGGGGUAUUAUUUUUGGAGGUCUCCUUCAGUCUAAAGGAGAACAUUAAGGAUUGUUAAUGUCAUGCUUCAACACACUAUUUUUUUUUAAACGAGAGAGAGAGACUAUACUAGGGAACGUUUGAUUGGAUAAUAGACCUGGGUACGUCGCAGGCCUGUGCUUGAUGGCGACAGAUGCCACACUAGUCUUUUGAAGACAUGGGGUGAGUGUGUGUGUCGUAUUUUCUGUCCCUCGCGCAACAACAACAACAACAACAACAACAAAACUACAACGGUUUAAAUCGAAAACAUUCCACGGGAAGAUUGACAGUUGGACGUGGUACCAAGCCCCGACCCUUUAUGUUUGAAUGAAAGCACUUUGGCGACUGCCUACCGAGGUAGUUUACAACAACGAGGAAAACAACAACGCCUGUGUCCUCCCUGUUAUUCGUUUGUUUAUGUUUCUCUUUUCAUACAUGAUAGAAGGCCAUAUAAAUGUACAAAGAUAUACAUACAUACCGUAUAAACUGAAAAAAUCCACUUGAACUGUUCUAACAGACUAUGGAGAGCCACAGUGUAUAGUAGUACGACUAACAGUAGUAGUAUAAUAGUACUACACUAGUACUAACAGUAGUAGUACAAUAGUACUACAGUAGUACUAACAAUAGUACUAACAGUAGUAGGACAGAAGUACUACAGUAGUACUAACAGUAGUAGUAUAUUAGUACUACACUAGUACUAACAGUAGUAGUACAAUAGUACUACAGUAGUACUAACAAUAGUACUAACAGUAGUAGGACAGAAGUACUACAGUAGUACUAACAGUAGUAGUAUAAUAGUACUACACUAGUACUAACAGUAGUAGUACAAUAGUACUACAGUAGUACUAACAAUAGUACUAACAGUAGUAGGACAGAAGUACUACAGUACUACUAACAGUAGUAGUAUAAUAGUACUACACUAGUACUAACAGUAGUAGUACAAUAGUACUACAGUAGUACUAACAAUAGUACUAACAGUAGUAGGACAGAAGUACUACAGUAGUACUAACAGUAGUAGUAGCAGUACUACAGUAGUACUAACAGUAAUAGUACUACAGUAGUACUAACAGUAAUAGUACUACUGUAGUACUAACAGUAGUAGGCUACUAUGUGAUACACCUCACAGCACACAACAGGAUUAAACUAACUGAAAUGAAGGACCGACGCUAUGGAAUACAAUCCCACGAACCCUUACCCACGGAUCUCCCCGCACUGCCGUCAGAGUGUGUGUGUACUUGCGUGCGUGUGUGUGUGUGUUUGUAUACAGGAAAUGAUAACCAAACACAGCAAGGGAGGUGUAAAAGAUGGAGGGCACAGAAUUGAACCCUGUGGAUCUUUCUUAACAGAGAGUAUGAUACAGGGUUGGGUUUAUUUAACAGGGUUUAGACUGGUUUCUGUUAGGACCAAAGGACUGCCAUAAACAGACCAGUGGAGACGUGUGUGUGUGUGUGUGUGUGUGUGUUGUGUGUGUGUGUGUGUGUGUGUGUGUGUGUGUGUGUGUGUGUGUGUGUGUGUGUGUGUGUGUGUGUGUGUGUGUGUGUGUGUGUGUGUGUGUGUGUGUGUGUGUGUGUGUGUGUGUGUGUGUGUGUGUGUGUGUGUGUGUGUGUGUGUGUGUGUGUGGGGACAAGGGCUUCAUUUAUCCGCCCUAAGGAGAGGAUUAAGUGGUCUGAAUCAUGUGGCUGUAGUCUUUGGAGUUUUGGAACUGAGAGAGGAUUCUGGGCCUGAGGGGAUUCCGGAACUGUGAUUAGAACCCACUUUUCUAACAACCAUCACAAAACAAACAGAGACCGUCCAGGAAUACAGCUAACCAUCCAUCGGCCAUAUUGAAAAAUGCAUCACCCUCUUCUCUCCACGUGUUUUUUUCUCAUACUGUCCGUUUUGUGCAGGGGUGAUGCCGCAGACUUUUCCUCUCGUCCACUCUCCCUCUCUUCUCGUCCACUCUCCCUCUCUCUCGUCCACUCUCCCUCUCUUCUCGUCCACUCUCCCUCUCUUCUCGUCCACUCUCCCUCUCUUCUCGUCCACUCUCCCUCUCUUCUCGUCCACUCUCCCUCUCUUCUCGUCCACUCUCCCUCUCUUCUCGUCCACUCUCCCUCUCUUCUCGUCCACUCUCCCUCUCUUCUCGUCCACUCUCACUCUCUUCUCGUCCACUCUCACUCUCUUCUCGUCCACUCUCACUCUCUUCUCGUCCACUCUCACUCUCUUCUCGUCCACUCUCCCUCUCUUCUCGUCCACUCUCCCUCUCUUCUCGUCCACUCUCCCUCUCUUCUCGUCCACUCUCCCUCUCUUCUCGUCCACUCUCCCUCUCUUCUCGUCCACUCUCCCUCUCUUCUCGUCCACUCUCACUCUCUUCUCGUCCACUCUCACUCUCUUCUCGUCCACUCUCACUCUCUUCUCGUCCACUCUCCUCUCUUCUCGUCCACUCUCCCUCUCUUCUCGUCCACUCUCCCUCUCUUCUCGUCCACUCUCCCUCUCUUCUCGUCCACUCUCACUCUCUUCUCGUCCACUCUCACUCUCUUCUCGUCCACUCUCCCUCUCUUCUCGUCCACUCUCACUCUCUUCUCGUCCACUCUCCCUCUCUUCUCGUCCACUCUCCCUCUCUUCUCGUCCACUCUCCCUCUCUUCUCGUCCACUCUCCCUCUCUUCUCGUCCACUCUCCCUCUCUUCUCGUACACUCUCCCUCUCUUCUCGUACACUCUCCCUCUCUUCUCGUCCUCCUUCCUGGCAGGAACACAUGCUCCAUCUGUCUCUCUCUCUCUCUCUCUGCCCAUGGAGUAGCCCCCUCCUCUUCUCAUUUCUUCGCCCUCCCCUCAUCCCUCCCUCCGUGCCCCUCCCAUUCUUUCUGUGCAUCUGAGCUUCACGCUCACAGACGACACAGCCUGAAUGUCAAUGAAAGGAAAGAAAAGGACGCCGCGUUGAUAUCGUGUUCAAGAGUGCUAUGUUCAACUUCAUCUUUCGAUCCAACCCUCUCUGUCAAAAAUACAAAUGUUUUAAAAAAAUGUAUCCUUCUGUUGCAUUGUGCAUCUGUCCCUAUAUCCAGACCAAACCAACCAUCCAUGUUACAGGGAAAACAGGAGGGUGGAUUGUGUGAAAGAACUCACAAGAGACGGAUGGAAAAGGGACAGUGCGUAUGAAUGUCUGGAUGUGUACUUAAAAGGAAAGGAUAGUGGACUUCUGGACCCACUGAGACUGUGAACACGGAUCUUAACCCAUCCUCCUUUCACCACACUUUUCCAGAACCAUUACAUUGGGGCUGUGCAAACCCUGGUGCUAUUAAGCUACAGCGCCCCCCUGUGGAUGAAGAGAGGGAGCACACCAUGUAAGACUACUGCUCUGUCCCUCCAGCAACAACACGGAGACGCAACGACUCCAGAUGAAUAUCUGGAUGCUCUUUUUGUUAUAUCGGUCAUUCAGGAAACCAGAACAACAACGACGACAACUUAUAAAGACAAUGAAAAGAACGAGAGAAAAAAAAACCUAUGUAAAUGAACACGUUAUUAAUAAAUAGUCAAGUGACGCCUGUUUUAAAUAUUUAGUGAAUGGAACUACAUAAAAAAAAAUAACUAUGACAAAACUCAGUGUUAGUUUGCCUUGUAGUCUGGCGUGAUGUUUAACCUUCUGUGUUUUCUACAUAGAAAUAUAAUUACUAGAAUGGACACCACUAUUUAAGUCAAUGGGGCCAUAAUGUCAAAUUCCUAUGGUCAGAGGUUCUAUGCCCAUUCUACUGGUUAUAUUCUAUGGAUUUCAGCUACCUUGAUAUUACACUCCCUUUGAGGUAUGCAGAGUUGUUACUCUUUCUGUUCUGAAGUACUGUAGUUAUUAUGGUUACUACGGUAAUACUGUAUACUAUGGUUACUACAGUCAUAUACUGUGGUUAUUACGGUAAUACUGUAUAAUAUGGUUACUACUGUCAUAUACUGUGGUUAUUACGGUAAUACUGUAUACUAUGGUUACUACAGCCAUAUACUGUGGUUAUUACGGUAAUACUGUAUAAUAUGGUUACUACAGUCAUAUACUGUGGUUAUUACGGUAAUACUGUAUAAUAUGGUUACUACAGUCAUAUACUGUGGUUAUUACGGUAAUACUGUAUAAUAUGGUUACUACAGUCAUAUACUGUGGUUAUUACGGUAAUACUGUAUAAUAUGGUUACUACAGUCAUAUACUGUGGUUAUUACGGUAAUACUGUAUACUAUGGUUACUACAGUCAUAUACUGUGGUUAUUACGGUAAUACUGUAUAAUAUGGUUACUACUGUCAUAUACUGUGGUUAUUACGGUAAUACUGUAUACUAUGGUUACUACAGCCAUAUACUGUGGUUAUUACGGUAAUACUGUAUAAUAUGGUUACUACAGUCAUAUACUGUGGUUAUUACGGUAAUACUGUAUAAUAUGGUUACUACAGUCAUAUACUGUGGUUAUUACGGUAAUACUGUAUACUAUGGUUACUACAGUCAUAUACUGUGGUUAUUACGGUAAUACUGUAUAAUAUGGUUACUACUGUCAUAUACUAUGGCUGUUACAGUAGUGGUCGUCACUAUUCCUACUAUUACUACUCUUGGCUGUACCCUUAUAUUGUUCAUAAAACACAGGUACAACGAUAGAGAGAAAGAGGGAGAGAGAGAGAGUUGAAACAAAUGUAAGCAAUAGAUAGAUGACUUAGCCCAAGACCGAUGAUGAGGCAGAAACACAUUUUCACACACCAAGGCUAAAUACUCACUAAAUAUUGUAACUCUCAAUCCAGUUGCAGAUUCCAGCUCUAGCCACAGAAAUGGUUGCGCAGUGCUACACACACACACACACACACACACGAAGAAAUACAGAUUUGUUCAGUAGCCUACAGUUGGCACAUACAGUGAUUUAUUAUAGUGGGUUCCAAACUCCAAUCAACCAUGUCUAGGAAUGUGGUAGAGUAUUACAGAGUAUGGGAGCAGAAGAGAAAGAGGUAUGAGGAUAGGGGGGAGGGGGGGGGCGAGGGAGAGAAGGUGGAUAACAUUUCACGAGUGGAUAUAUCACUCCUCUGAAAGAGGGGAUCACAGUUGGGUUAAUACAAGUUCUGUCCAUCGAUUUAUUAUUUACUUUCUUUCCUUCUUUCUUUCCUUAUUUCCUUCUUUCUUUCCUUCCUUAUUUCCUUCUUUCUUUCUCUCUUUCUUUUUUCUCUCUUUCAUUCUUUCUUUCUGUCUUUCUUUCUGUGAUAAGGGCAGCUCUUAAAGCUUUCCCCAAACUCCCCACAGAACAAUAAAAAUCUAGAGAGAGGGAGAGAAGAAGAGAGAGGGGGAGAAGAAGAGAGAGGGAGAGAAAAGAAGAGAGAGGGGGAGAAGAAGAGAGAGGGAGAGAAGAAGAGAGAGGGGGAGAAGAAGAGAGAGGGAGAGAAGAAGAGAGAGGGGGAGAAGAAAGAAAUCUAGCCCCAUAAUUUUCCCUCACCACAUUACCUAACCAAUGCAGGAAAAACUCAGGGUCCAAGUUAUAGGCUAUGAGAAACAAAUAGCAUAUAACUCUCAGGCCCAGAGUGUUUCCCGGUCAGGUCAUGUGGUCAGGAAAAACUCCUGUCCCUAAGUAUAAUGAGUAUAACCGAUAAUUAGUUGUACAGCAGUUAAACUGCUGACAGUACUCUCUGUAUGUAUAGGACCAGGACAAUAAUAAUGUUGUAUUAAGUUAAAAGACACACACACAAAAACACCCACGAAACAAGAUGAAGUUUGUUUAGGCUACUCAAAUAAAGAGAGAGAGAGAGAGUUCUUGGAAUUAUUCUAUUUUUGUUAUUUCUCAUUGGAAGGACAUAUUAAAAACUCUACUGCAUAUAUGAUUAUUAUUAUGAUAAUUAUCAACAACCUCAGUUUUCAGAUCCAGCAGUGUGGUUUAUGUAGCUGUUGGUUUGAACACAUGCAGCUAUGUAUGUCUUGCCAAUGUGAUUCAAAUUAUUAUAUCAUUCAAAUAAAUUAUUUUUCUUGCUUAACACUGA